AUGGCUGCUGACCCGUAUUCGGGACCAUGGGGUGGACGGAAUUGUCGUGACUCGCCGAUACAGACGAAGAGAAACUGCUCAUGUGGGCACGAUGAAUGCGAAGCUACUGACAAUUUCCUCAAACGAUCAUUCGAAGCCGUGCAAAAGCGUGCUGGUUUGGCGAUAUGCGAUGAGGUGCAAACAGGUUUCGGAAGGCUUGGAUCACAUUUCUGGGGAUUUGAAUCUCAAGACGCCAUGCCCGAUAUAGUCACGUUGGCCAAAGGUAUUGGCAACGGUUUUCCCUUAGGAGCUGUUGUGACAACUGAAGAAAUUGCUUCUUCAUAUGGAAAAGCGUUGUAUUUCAAUACUUACGGUGGGAAUCCGAUGGCAACAACUGUAGGAAAAACUGUUCUUGAGGUGAUCGAGGAGGAGAAGCUGCAGGAAAACUGUGCAGUUGUGGGCGAUUACUUCUUGAAGCAACUCUCAUCAAUCGACAGCCAUCUUAUUGGAGACGUUCGAGGAAAGGGUUUGAUGAUUGGUGUAGAACUGAUUGACGAGGACGGUAAGCCACUAACUGGUGAUCGUCUAGCGAGCAUCUUCGAAAGAAUCAAGGAUCGAGGCGUAUUGGUCGGUAAGGGUGGUUUGAACGGUAACGUGCUUCGAAUUAAGCCGCCAAUGUGUAUCACGAAGCAGAACGUCGAUACUUGCGUGUCGGCAAUCGCCGACGCUUUGAAGCAAGGAAAUUAA